AUGGAUAAAAACAAAAGUGAACUACCUAAUUCGAAUUCCGAUUUACCUCCUAAAGACAAGAAUUUUGUUGAUAAUAAUGUUACUGUAACCUCUACUGGACCACAACCUACUGCUGAUUCUCCACCUGAGGAUGCAAAUGAAGAACCAGGGCGACCAACUAGUAAUUCUGGAGAAGAUUUAAGAAAUCAAGGCGAUUCUACAUCACAAAAUAAUGACAAGAUUCACAAUGAAAAGAGAAAUUCAUCAUCCACUUUUUUUUCCAGUCUAAAAAAAAUUAUAAUGGGUAAAGAAGUUCCAGAUGAUGGUGAAACCGUAGAAAUCAUAUUUCGUGUGCAUUUACCUAAGGUUCGCAGCGGGGAACCUGUUGUGGUUGGUAGUAUAGAGGAACUUGGUAAUUGGAAAAAACCCAAAGUUAAACUUAAACAAUAUAAAAAAGGUUGGAAUUAUUCAUCUGAUUCAUCUUAUUGGUAUUCAGAACCAAUUCGUAUCCCGAUCAAAAGAUUUAAAGAGACUGUUGAAUAUAAGUAUGCAGUAUAUUUUUCAAACGGCGACUUACAAUUUGAAGGGCAUGGCAAGCAUGACAAUCGUGGACUAGAAAUUCAGUGUCAAAUAUUUGAUAUUUGGAAUAAUAAUUACUUUCACAGAAUUGAUAGAAUCACCGAUUAUAUGUUCUUAGACAUCAUUUAUGAAUCCGCAACUUUAGAAAACAUCAAGGAUGAUAUUUUAGAUUAUGAUAAUAUCCUAAAACAGCAUCGCGAAUUAACUUUAUCCGUAACGAAUAUACCAUUUAUUAGCAAACGUUUAUCGGAUACUUCUAUUGGUAAACGUCUUUUCUUAUGCUUUCUUUUAGGACAUUGUCCUAAUAAGUACGGAAAAUAUGAAUUGCCAAGAGAUUUUCAAUCUAAUACUUUGCUUCAAGCUCUCUUUACAAUUGAUUCUGAAAAAUUUCCAAAGGAUAAUUGGCAUGUUGUAUUAAAGGGACUUGAUCUUUUAAUUCAUCACAAUAUUAAUAAUGGGUCACACGUAUGGCUCGAAAUCUUUAAAAUUGCACGUAAAAUCGAUCCUCAAUAUAAUUUCAUCGAAACCAUAACUUUUGCUAAAUGUAAUGAUGACAGAUAUAUCAAAACUUGUUUUGAAAUUGUGCUAUCACAUGAAAUGGAUGAAAAUAAUCAUGUGAAAAUUAUCAAGUGGUUGAUGAGCCAAUGUAAAAAUGUGAAAAUCUUAUCAUUCGUUUGGCGAUCUUCAAAUAGAAAUGACGAGCAACUUCGACAAUAUUUGAUAGAAAAUAUUAAAAAAAUUAUAUCUAAAGAUGAUGCCGAUAAUUUACAUAGAAAUUUUAAAGAGCUUCCUGAUGAAAUUAGAGAUAAAGCCUCUGGCCUAUUUAGGAAAAGAGCACUUGACAUAUUAAAAAAUGCUCGUCGUGCUGUUUUGAAUAAAUCCAGUUACCAAUCGAUUUUUGAUCUUUUAAAUUCUGCAAAACUACGGUGGACAAAAGAAGAAUAUAUUGUUGUGUUGGAAAUAGUGUCGACCUUAGAAGAUUAUCAGCUAUCAAGCGUGUUUCCAUCAUUAUUGGAAAAUUGGAUUCAAAUGUCAAAAGAAAUUGAUAAUAAAAUAGCUCGAAUAUGUACUCAAUGGUAUAAAAAGCUUUUGAAUUUAAUGGAUCGAAAGUCUCAGUCAUCAUCUCAUUUAAUGGAUCAUAAAGAAGAAUACGUGACCGCAAUUUUUGAGAAAUUUUCAAACAUCUGUACAAUAGUAAAUGAACAAUCAAUAUUGGAUGACUUAAUGGAAAUAACGAUCAAUCGUAUUAGACAGUCUUCAGAAACAUCAAUUUUCUCUGCCACAACUAAAAUUGUAAACUUAAGAUCAGAAGCGGUACAUGUAUUUACAAAAGUUAUUAAAGAAAAAAUUGAUUCAAUGGAAUUAAAUCGCGAUAAAUAUUUAUUAAAGAAAAUGCAAGCUAUUUGUGGUUGUACUG